AUGGAUACCCUGGUGCACCUUUACUUUAACCAGUCGGAGCUGAAUGAGGAGGUUAAGACGCUGAUCCUAAGCUGGGUGAGCUUCUUCAAGAACAACUGGAAGAGCCUCUUCAACGUAGACAAGGAAAUCGUCCUGAACUUAGAGUUCUUCCUGGACAACAAAAAAUUGAUGAGCAGAAAUCCCCCUCCGAAUAAUGAGGUGUAUUUGCACGAGCUGAAGAAGAACCCAGAAAUCGUUUUGAAGUUCAUGAAGUUGGCUUUGCACUUGUUGUUGUGUAAGAUGCUGCACAUAGGGGAGGUGCUUCCGGAGGAGGUUCCUGUGGGGGGGGACGAUCUGUGCAACACAACCGGGCACAGUGCCAAUAACAUGAAGAAGGAUAAGCCCAUAGGUGGGGAUCACCCCGAAAGAGGCGGUAAUUUUAAAAAGCGUGAUAACAUCGGUAUGCGCUCCAGCACCUCCCUACGCAGCUCCUUCAUCAACCGAGACGAAAUCAGCGACUUCGAAAAUGACGACCCGCUAAUCAACGAACUCAAGUGUGACCGCUACAAGGAGUCUGAAUUCUUCAAGACGUACUUUCUAACAAACAGAAUUACCAUCUACAUAUACAACUGGAAUAAGCUAAAUAAAUUUGAGGACCUGAAAAGUGAAAAAGUCAAUCAACUGAUAAGUCUACGAGGAAGUGUCUUAAGAGUAUCCCCCAUACAGUUGCUAAUUACCAAACUUGACUUUAUGUGCGAAAAAUGUAAAGGCGUCAUCCAGAUAGAAUUCACAGACGGUAAAUAUGAUACCCCCAAGAAAUGUCCAAACGGGGAGUGUGAAAGUUACCAUUUUCAGCCAAUUAGGGAAUCAGCCAAAUCGGUAGAAUAUCAAAAAAUUAUUUUGAAGGAAAAUAAAAAAAUGUUAAAUAGCAUGAAUGAGGUGGGAGAUUCUAAUGUAAAAAAUUUAACGGUCACAUUGGAAGUGUCUAAAUUUUUUAUAAACUCUUGUGUCCCAGGGAAUUAUGUCGAAGUAGUGGGAAUCCUCAAGGUCAUCUCCUACAAUAAUAGCUAUUUCAUUAAUGGGAAGAAUUCCAUAUAUAAUAUGUACGUAGAUUGCCUUUCCAUUUUCCCCCUGUCAUCGAAAAAGUACCUGAACAACAGCUCCUUCAACUUUGAAAAAAUCAAGGACACAAAGAACAAGCUUUACAAUUCUCUGCUUUGGGAAUCCUACGUUGAUAAAAUUGAAAAAAAGAUGCUCCUCUACGGUUGUGAUGGGAGAGGUGCAAAUGUGGAUAAGCUGGACGGGGAAAAAGAGGGGGAUCCCACGUGUAGAAAUAAGCCUUCCUUCAUUGGAGACGCCCCAGCUGGAACACACCUCAGAAGCUUAUCCCACAUUGGGAAUAAGGAAGUACCCGCUUCCACUCAAUGUUAUAGGCCCAUAGGGGGGGCAAAUUAUGACGCCACGAGCGAAAUAGACGUUAAGGCUAAAACGAACGUCUCCUUUGACGCCAGUACGGUGAAUAACUCCAUCGAAAUGAAUACCUACGAGGAGCUAAUUUGUGAAGGUAUUGGGGAGAUGCUAAGCGAAGAUGUAACUACCACUUCGGGGGAGAGCCAAAAUGGAACGUCCCGAGUUCAUGACUCAGUGGAAAAGGCUACCACUUCCAACGGGGAGAAAAGAAAAAACGGGAAAGACCCCCCUGCGGGAGGGGGCACUAACAGAGGGACCUCCUCAAUGUUGCAGGAUUGCCAAUUGGAUGACGACGAACUGUACAUGUACGGGGACUACAUCGAUGAGGAAACCUUGGGGGUUGAACGGAAGAGGAAAAGGGAGAAAGGCGACUACGGCGGUGGGGGGGAGAUGGACGAACUUGGCUGGCCAUCCGACCCUAACGGGAUGAACCAGCCGGGGCAGGCAACCCACCCAGACGACCCAAACAACCCGAACAACCCGAACGGUGAGCACCAUUUGAAGAAGACAACGCAGUUCGACGAGAACGUCCUAGAGUUUAUAAAAGACAUGCACAAAUACGGAAAGAACAAGUUCUACCUUCUCGUAGCUUCUCUUUGUCCCCGCAUUAUAAUGAGCAGUUACAUAAAAGCAGGAAUUCUUUUGAGCCUCCUCGGAGGAAAAACAAUAUACGAUGAGUACAAGCAAAUAAAGAGAAGAGGAAAUAUACACAACCUACUGAUAGGAGAUCCAGGGUUAGGAAAAAGUAGAAUUCUUCAAUACGUAAGUAACAUUAUAGAAAAUAGUCUAUUCAUUUGCAGCACGUCUACCAGUAUUAACGGAUUAACUGCAUGUGCAUUUAAGGACCCCACAAACAAUGAGUACUCCCUGGAAGGAGGUGCACUAGUUCUAUCAGAUAAGGGCAUAUGCUGUAUCGAUGAGUUGGAUAAAAUUUCACUAACCGAUCAGCAGUCCUUCCUUGAGUGCAUGGAAAGUCAGUGCAUUAACAUAAGCAAAGCUGGGAUCGUCUGCAAUCUCAAGACAAGGUGUUCCAUCAUUGCGGCAUCCAACCCGAAGGAAGGAAAAUACAACUACAACAAAACCGUUUUUGAAAAUAUAAAAAUUCCCUUCCCCUUGUUAAGUCGCUUCGAUCUAGUCUUCCUACUAACGGAUAAAAUGUCGGAGGAGAAAGACUACCAAAUUUCUAAUUACCUCAUUAACUCCACCUAUGAUGCAAAGGGGAAAAAGGAAAAAAAAAAAAAAAAGAAGAAAGGAACGGGAAGGAAACCCAUGGGGGGUACACGAAAAAGCGAUGGAAGCGACCACAGCGAUGACAGUGAACGCAAUGAUGAGGAUAUGUUUUCCCUAAAAAAUGACCUACUGAACAAGUGUAAACAAAUCAAUGAACGUAGUUACCUACCGGUGGAGCUCCUCGGGGUCUUCAUAAAAUACUGCAGGAAAUGUAUCUUCCCCACCCUGUCUGAUCCAGCUAAAAAAUACAUAAGAAAAUUCUACCUGCAUUUACGAAGUCUCUCUGCUACAGAAAGUCAUAUAAGCUCCCCCAUCACCAUAAGGCAAUUGGAAUCUUUAAUUCGUCUGUGCCAAGCGAGGGCAAGAGGAGACCUUUCCAACGUCGUAACGCUGUACCAUGCGAAGGAGGUCGUGGAAAUUUACCAGAAAACCAUUUUUUACCCUUCCUACUUGAAAACGCUAAAUUUUAAAGAAAAACCGACCAGCAAGAAGGUGAAGAAGGGCAAGUCGGUCGCUGCCAUUUCGAACGUUUUCAAGGAGGGCAUCAUUCAGAUGGUGAAGAAUGGCCAAAAUAAAAUUUUCAACAAGGAUCUGCGUAACCUAGCCAAGUCGGUCAUCCUCUCAGCGGAGUCGUACAUCUCGGACGAAGCGAUAAUUCACUACUUGAACAACGAGGGGUUUAUCUUGUACAAGGGUGGCUACUGGGAGGUGGACCCAUUUUACCUGCAGUAA